AUUCGUGUGCAGUGACCCAGCACGGCAUUGUACUAGGUUUCCCGCGCACUUCGUGUGUGCAUUACCAACACAAAACAGUUCCACCUUGUUUUGGCGGGAGACUCGCAGGUUUGCCACAACUCCGUCAGCAACAGGCUGCAGUAUUCUCCGUGGUCUGUGGGAGAAAUUCUAGAGUUGGAAGAUGGGUAGCGACUUGGAAGACUCGCCAGCUUCGGCAGACGGACCCAGGGCAGUCCGGGAGGGCUCGGUGGCUCUCAAGAGGAAGGUUACUCUGAUAAACGCUAUCGGACUCAUUGUCGGGAACAUCAUCGGCUCGGGGAUCUUCAUAUCACCGAAGGGUGUGCUGCAAGACGCCGGUAACGUCGGGGUAGCUCUGAUCAUCUGGGCGAUCAGCGGCGUGAUCUCGGCGAUCGGGGCGCUGUGUUACGCCGACCUCGGCACGGCCAUCCCCCGCUCGGGCGGAGACUACUCCUACAUCCUCGACAUCUUCGGGCCCCUGCCCGCCUUCCUCAGGCUGUGGGUCGAGCUGAUCAUCGUCAGGCCGUGUACACACGCCGUCAUCGCCCUAACCUUCGCCUUCUACAUCCUGUACCCAGUCUACACGCCAUGUACACCGCCGGACUCAGCAGUCGCCCUGCUGGCUGCUCUCUGUAUCUGUCUCCUGACGUUUGUGAACUGUGCAAGUGUGCGCAGUGCAACCCGGGUACAGGAUCUCUUCACGGCCGCCAAACUCCUGGCACUCGCCAUCAUCAUCAUCUUCGGCAUGAUCCAACUCGGCAAAGGAGAAGUUCUACACCUGUCCCCAGACCUGGCCUGGCGGGGGGCGACUAAUGUGGGCGGGAUCUCCCUGGCGCUGUACUCAGGACUCUGGGCUUUCGCUGGAUGGGCUGACCUGACCUUCGUGACCGAGGAAAUCAGGGAUCCUUCAAGAAACGUCCCCAGGUCCAUCGUGAUCUCCAUGACGAUCGUGACUAUCGUGUACCUGCUGGCUAACGUGGCGUACUUCACCGGGAUGACCCCUCAGGAGAUGCUGGGCAGUGACGCCGUGGCAGUGACAUUUGGCCUGAGGCUGCUGGGUGCUGCCUGGUGGAUCAUCCCCAUCUUCGUGGCCUUCUCCACAUUCGGCGCCGUCAACGGGUCCAUGUUCGCGUCCGCUAGGUUGUAUUUUGUGGGUGCACGUGAAGGCCAUCUACCUGACAUCCUGGCUAUGGUCAAUGUCCACCGGUACACUCCCGUACCGUCCCUCAUCCUGGGGGGAAUCCUGUCCCUGAUCAUGCUGUGUACGACAGACGUGUACGUCCUCAUCAACUACGCCAGCUUCGUGUACUGGAUCUUCAUCGGUAUGGCCAUCCUGGGCCUGGUGGUCAUCCACUUCAAGUACCCCAGCAUGGAGAGACCGGUCAAGAUGCCAGUCGUCCUCCCCAUCAUAUUUGUCCUGGCAUGUCUCUUCAUCGUGGUUGUUUCCAUCUGGGUGGCGCCUAUCGAGUGUCUGGCGGGAGCCGGCAUCACCCUGACCGGCGUACCUGUGUACUUCUUCGGCGUCUACUGGCAAAACAAACCCAAGUGGCUGACCGACAAAUUCGAUGCCUGCACAGUAUUCUGUCAGAAGAUCAUGACAUGUUGUAAGGAGGAACACCAGAAAGAGUGAGGACAUCGCACUACACAGGACUCUUCCUCGGGUCUCUCCAAUAAUGAUACAUGUGAACAUAUCUAGUUAUCUAACUGUGAGCCGAUAUGAGAAGAUCAAGAGGGCUUCCUCCCUCCCUAAUGUUUGAAAUGAAAUAACCCUAACGGCACCAGAAAUUUCAGACGCUUACUACUCAUUGACCACUUUAGAGGGAAACACUCAUUUUUCCGAACCAUUGAGCAACGUUUAAUCUGUAAAAGUGCAACGGAUUAUCCAUAUUAAUUUUUAACAAUGGACUUUGACAGAAAAACUGUUCGCUAUUGGGCAAGUUUCUGACAUGCUUUAGUGCCUGAUGUGCAAAGAAAUGAUGUUUACUCUGUGACCAAAGAAUGGAACGUCUUGUUGUUCAGUUCGCUUUAAUAGUGAGAUGUUAACACAAAAGGACAGUGCUCAUGUGAGGUUGAACGGACAACCUAAUCUAUUAUAACAAAAAUUUUGCUGUAUAAAAACAAAUUAGAUGAUCAGCACUCACGCAUUUUUCAGAGGCACUACUAUUGACACAAACGUAGCACUGUCCUGUUGUGUCGACUCUAACAUCAGAUAUUUGUAUACACACCAUUACUGCGCACAUAUUGUGUUGAAAAGUCUGCUGUUAUUUUUUUUAUUGUACGCGUGAGUGUGUUUUAGCCAGCAAUUAUUGUCCUAUAUUUGUAAAUAUUGCAUUAUGAGUGGUGUGGAUCUGUCCUACAUGAAUUAACCACUGGAUAUGGUUGAUAUUGUAAUCCUGAUAUGUUGCAAAGGUUGGUAGUUGCUGUACUGCAAAGCUAAGCACAAACUUAUGUUAUUUCAUGUAAAUGUUUUUGGCAAGUAUACUUAACGUUUUAUUUGGUGUAUCAUAUGCGCUCUGGGUACCACGUAUGUAUCUUUCUCUACUAUUUCGCGACGGACUCAGAGCAAUGCUGUGUAUUUCGAUUUGUACUUAUUUCUUUUUGCAAAUGCAUAUAUGUCCUUCUAUUUUAUGCCCUUAUUUUGAAGGUACUUACUGCAAGUUGUAUUUUUUUUAGGUCUGGUUGGUUUUUGACAGAAGCUAAGAAAAUCAUGACAAGGAAUUCAUUGUUUUGUCAGUAGAUUUGUGCCAAAAGUUGUUUUUAUUUUGGGAUGUUUUAAACAUUAUGUAUCGUACUCCUUGCUUGAGCCAGUAGAUGGAGAUAGAGGUGGUAUCUGUAGAUAGAUACAGAGAAGACGUUUUCAGAUCGUCUGUGAUGUGAAUAAGAAGUCGGGAAGAUAUAUGUGCGAAAAAAACUGAAUGGAAUUUUGCUGUCGUUUCCAGCCGUCUUCCCUUCUGCUGAAAUAGUUAUAAUGGAAUAGGUAUUAAAUCCUUGUGCUUAAUAAGCAUUUCUCACCUACUGAUAUCUCAAACAGCCGAUAUGUACCACUUGUUGAUUGCUACAGCAUUUGUUGUCACGCACAUGUAGUAGACUGUAGAAUUGAGGUGUCCAUAAUGAAUUAAUUCUAUCAUAUAAAGAGGGAUCGUGGGAGUGUAAGAAGGAUACAGGUGAAAAUGUCAAAUUGAAAGACUCCGGCACUCUGUAUAUUGUGACUUUACUAUACUUGCCGUUUGGUUGUCCAUUUUCCUCUUCAAACGUCCAACAAUAUCUUCAUUGAAUUGAUAUGUGGCCUAAACAAGAAACUGUAACAAAUUUGCAUUGCUGUUCAUGAAUUUGAAUGAUAGCAUCAGACUUGGUAUAUGUUAAACUGUUAACGAAUUUCUCGGUGCUUUCUCAGGGACCACCCUUUGAUGGUGGACAUCUUUCUCACGUAGAUUAGUCAUAGCCUCAGAUCCAGGCUUCUUCAGUUUUGUUCGGUUAGAGAUAGAGGACGUAUGCCGAAGAAGGCUGGAUCUCAGGCUAGGUAAGUAGUACUUCAUGUGCCACGAGGUUCCUUUCAUUUUUGUACUUCAGCUUGGAUACCAAAUAAACUAUACGAUCUCA